CAAACUGUGUCGAAAAUAAAAACAAUAAAUUAGAUCCGGCUCGACAGACAGGAAGCUGAGAGACUCUCAUGGCGCCCGACUAGAAUAUCGAGUGUUAUUUAAAGCCUACAAGACAAGGAUAUCGUCUGAACUCACGGAAACACGGCACUGAUGGAUUCAGACGAAAAUGAGGUGGAGAGCAGCAGUGAUGCUGGACCUGCAGGGAUGGAGGAGCCCUCUGAGAGUGGCCUCGGGAUGGAGUCUUCUGAGGCCAUGUCUGCAGACAGCAGUGAUGCAGCUGCCUCACACACGCAGGCGCCAGAGUCUGACUGCCAUGUGGGUCAGAGCUCAGAGGGACUGGUGGUCUUCAUCCCUGAGACCAGCUCGAGCACCGAUGUCCGGGUGUCAUCCGUCCACCUCCCAGACUCUUCCUCGGUGGCCCAGUCCACCAGCGUGUCCAGCGUUUCCACAGUGACUCAGUCAGUGUUGGUGUCCGAGUCAGCGCACAUGUCGGUUCACUCCAGCGCUGUUUCAGAAGGAGCCAUGAUGGUCUCAGAUUCAACCGCUUCCACAUCCUCGGACCUCGGCUCAGCCAUAGACAAGAUCAUCGAGUCCACCAUUGGACCUGACAUCAUGAAUGGUUGCAUCGCCGUGACCAGUGCGGAAGAUGGACAUGCCGAAUAUUUAAUCUUACAAGGGCCGGACGAUGGUGCUCCUAUGGUCGCCCAGAUGUCCUCGUCAGCUCUCUCAGACCGUGUAUCCAUCGACGCUCUCGCGGAGGGUCCCACGUCAACCUGUCUGGACCAAGGAGACCUUCAUGGCAACCUGGAGCCUGAUCAACCGGACGACCAGCCUGGACACUCUGGUUACCACGCGGAGGAUAGCAACAGCCAACCGGACCAGCCUCAGCACUCCCACCCUUCCCAGUACGUCGACUGCAGUGUGGACGGGCCCGACCAAACCGGAGAGUCCUCCUCAUCCUCCUAUGCAGAGUGUUCGCGCGAGGAGCCGGACCAGACGCGCUCUCGGUCUGGAUUCGCUGACUACAGUGGGGACAACAGUAACCAGGAUCCGCCUGGCUAUGUGGAGUGCAGCGGUGCAGAUUCGAACCCCAACUGUAGGGGCCACUAUUUAGGUCAGAGUAGCGUGGAGUAUCUGGAGUGUUUAGAGGACGAUGGUGAUCAGUCGCAUCAUUCCCGCAGUUACAUUGACAGCAGCGCCGACCACAGGACUCAGACUGGUAGACAGUAUAGUGCUGAUUAUCAGGGAGACUGUGUGACUGCUGCAGACUCUGAGCAGCCUGGCUGUUCUCGGUACCGAGGAGUAGAUGAUGAUGACGACGACGACGAGGAGCAGGAUCCAGAUCAACCGCAGCACUCACAACAGCACUACAUGGAAAGCAGUAACGGUCCAGAGACUUCACACUACACUGACGAAAGCUCCUCCUCGGACCGUCACGUGGCAGACACCGCCGGUUCAAAUGGACUUUCAGAGGCGAUGGAGUGUAGCGAGAGCCAGUCGGGACCUCACAUAAGCAGUAGCGGCACGUACACACCCAUCAUGGAUCCGGAGCUUCCCUCCCGGCACUCACCCAGACAUGAUGGGUCCCAGGGACUGGAAGAGCGGGUCAGUCCUGUGAGUGAGCCGGCGGCAGAAGGCUUGCGGGAGCGGACCCCUAAUUUGGCUGAGCUGGAAGAGAUGAUAGAGGUGGUGAUUGUGCAGCAGUUCAAGUGCAAGAUGUGUCCGUACAAGAGCGUUUCCAAAGACACUCUCAUCAACCACAUGAGAGACAAACACUGCAGGAACCCUGAAACCUUGCCAAGCAAGCGCAAGCGUGGACGACCACCGAAGCUUGAAACUCUGGCGCGUCGUCAGUCUGAGCUGGAAGAAAGCGAGAAGAGAAACGCAGCAUCGGCGGCGGCGGAAUCCAAGGUCGCGGAAGAGGAUGACGAUGUGGUCGAUGCUGGUGCCAUCGAUGAUCCUGAGGUGGACAGCGAUUACAAUCCUGUGGAGGAGGACAGAAGUGGGAGACCACCAGUUAUGCUAAAGAAGAAGACCACAUCUUCCAUUUCCUCUUCAUCACAAGCCCGUCCGCGACGUAAAGUCGGCCGCCCGAGGAAAUACAGGCUGUUGGAGGAGGGGUAUGAUGAUAAAGAAGCCGAAAGCAUCGCCAAGAAGCCCCGUCUGGCUGAUGACGCCAGCACUCCUGAGGAGGCCAGCUCCUCGGGGUUGACCAACAACGGUGGUGCUGUGGUGACGGACGGAGACAUGGCCGAGACGGCCAUCAGCCAGUCAGACUCGGAGAACAAAGACCCCUCGUCCAACUCGCCUCGCGAGGAGGAGUUCUUCCCGAGGAAGCGAGGACGACCCUCCAAGCGCUUCCUGCGCAAGAAAUAUAAGAAGUACAUGAACCGAAAUCGACACUUCAAGUCCCUCAAGCCGCUGCUGAGGCCCCACAAUUGCUGGAUCUGCGGCUCUCGCUUCCUCACACCUGAAGAUUUGUGCUUCCAUGUGGAAUCUCAUGAAGGCAACAACCCGGAGCUCUUCAAGUGCCUCCAGUGCAGCUACCACUGCAAACGCUGGUCCUCGCUCAAGGAGCACAUGUUCAAUCACGCGGGCACCAAGCCUUUCAAGUGUGAGGAGUGUGACUACACAAGUGUCUACCGGAAGGACGUGGUUCGACACUCUGCCGUUCACUCCAAAGAUGAAACAAAAGCAAAGGAAUCGGUUCCGAAGGCCUCAGAAUUCCCCUGUCCGCUGUGCAGCCGGGUCUAUCCCGUGCAAAAGAGGCUGACUCAGCACAUGAAAUCCCACAGCACAGAGAAACCACACAUGUGUGACAAGUGUGGGAAAUCCUUCAAGAAGCGAUACACAUUCAAAAUGCACCUUCUCACCCACAUCCAGACGAUCGGGGACAGCAAGUUCAAGUGUGAGUAUUGUGAGUACACGUGCGACAACAAGAGGCUGCUGCUGAACCAUCAGCUGUCUCACACCAACGACCGGCCGUUCAAGUGCGACUACUGCAAGUACUCCACCUCAAAAGAGGAGCUGUUGGUCUCUCACAUGGCCAUCAAACACACUGGAGAAAAACCUUUCUCCUGCGACAUGUGCCACUUCAUGACGAAGCACAGGAAGAACCUGCGCCUUCACGUCCAGUGUCGCCACCCAGAGGCCUUUGAACAGUGGUGCGUCGCUCACCCCGAGGAGCUCAUCCGGAAGCGCAGGCCGUUCUUCACCCUGCAGCAGAUGGAGGAGCUCAAACAAAACAAUGAGGAGGCUCAAAACCUACAGAACGCCAUUGUGACAGUGGAUUCUGCCACACUAGAAGCUAUCCAAGGAAUGGGAAGUGCCUCUGUGUCGCAGGACGCUCUGGGCAACACCACCAUCAUUUAUGAGCAAGGUGCAUCUUUGGAUCUGUCCGCCCAGAAUGCUCUAGACCUGCUGCUGAACAUGAGCAACGCCAGAGAGCUUGUCGGCAACUCGCUUCAAGUGGCAGUGCUGAAAUCUGAUGAUGGUACCGAAGCCGGUGGGUUGGGAAAGGGCACGUGGACGGCAGUAUCUGCAGCACCUGGUCAGCCUCAAAAGGUCCUGACGGUCCACGUGACGGAGGACGGCGGCACCGUCGUACAAGAGGCCUAUGAGGCUGCUACGUCGGGGUCCGAGGUCACGCAGAUUGCCAUAGAAGAUUAUGAGCGGGAGGGAGACUUCGGCGUGGUGGAGCAGGCCGCUGAGGAGUUCUCCAGUGCAGCUCCUGUAGAGGGCGCCACCACUCAGACCGUGGAAGCGCCUGAGGCUCAGAGCAAAGACGCCUUCUACGUGGCCUCAGCUCUGUCUGACGGUGUCCAGCAGCAGGUGGAGCUGAGCAGCGACGCCUUGGCCUCCACGUCUGCCGUGGCCACUGCCAGUCAGGGCACCAAGAUGUUCUCCUGCAAGAUCUGCAUGGUGACCUUUCUCAACCGCUCUGACAUGGAGAACCACAAGAGGGCGCACCUGGAUCAAAAUACCUUCAAGUGUCGCGAGUGUGACUUCCAGUCUUCAUCGUGGCCGGAGGUCCAGACACAUAUGGAACAGCAUUCCUACUUACGACCUCACAAGUGUUCGUCCUGCACCUUCGCCUCCAAGAACAAGAAAGACCUGCGGCGCCACAUGAUGACUCACACCAACGAGAAGCCGUUUGCGUGUAAAAUUUGUGGACAAAGGUUCAACCGCAAUGGUCACCUCAAGUUCCACAUGGAGCGUCUGCACCACCUGAACCUUGUGACCAUAAAGCAGGAGGCAGUGGAGCCUCCGCCUCAGACGAUCAUAGUCAACAGCGACGAGGAGGCCCUGGCCACUCUGCAGACGCUGCAGGCUCAGACAGUCAUGGCUCCCGAACACAUGCAGGCAGAAGAACACAUCAUUGUCGCUCAAGAUCAGGCGCUGUCAGACCAGGAGGAGGGGACGUACAUCCAGCAGAUCACCACGAUAGAUGGGCAGACAGUCCAGCACCUCAUGACUGGGGACAACCAGGUGACUGAGGUCCAGUACAUCAUCUCGCAGGAUGGAGUGUCACACCUGAUCCCUCAGGAGUACAUGGUUCUGGCAGAUGGCAGCCAUAUUCAGAUGCCAGAAGGUCACAUCAUCCAGUACGAGCAUGAAGGAGGUUUCGUGGGCGAGCAGCAGAUCGCAGUGAGUCACGACGGUCAGACGCUGUAUCUGCCCAUCACAGCGGAGCAACAGGUCGUGUGUCCAGAAGAUCUGGAGGCGGCUGCUCACUCGGCUGUCACAGCAGUGGCAGACGCGGCGGUGACGCAAGCGGUCUACACCGAAGCCACUCCGGAGCAGCUGGAGCAGAUGCAGCAGCAGGGGAUCCACUACGACGUCAUCACCUACGGGGAGGAGUAGCUCGGUUAGACCUUUCUGACCAGUCGUCGUGACUUCAACGGUGCUCCGGCCGCCUCAGCACGUUUCAUUUGCCGGACAAUUCAAGAGUGGUCGCCGGUUUGCCAGGAGACAGCGCUCUUGUUUUUCUUCAUGAAUGGUAGUCCAGGACGCAGGUGUUUAUUUUCAAGUGGUGAUGACAAUGAUGUGUAAAUAUGUUUGCUCUUGUCUUCUGGUGGCUGGCAGACGACAAAUAAAAAAAUCUUUGACUUUU